AUGGCCCCGGAACGCAUCGCCUUCGUGCUCAUAGAUGGCCUGGGUGACGUCAACGAAGCAGGGCUGGGGGGCCGGACACCAUUGCAAGCAGCCCACACCCCAUUCCUCGAUGCCAUCGCCGCGGCGGGGCUGAAUGGCUUGAUGGACCCGGUGGCCCCGGGCCUGGCAUGCGGCUCCGACACCGCCCACCUCUCCCUGCUAGGUCAUGACCCCCGCGCCUGCUACCGCGGCCGCGGCGCGUUCGAAAGCCUGGGGGCCGGCCUGCUCAUGGACCCCGGGGACAUCGCCUUCAAGGCCAAUUUUGCGACGCUGGACCCGGCCAGCGGCAUCGUGCUGCGCCGCCGCGCCGACCGCCGCUUCGAGGCCGAGGGGCCUGUCCUCUGCGCCGCGCUGGACGGCUUGCCCAUCCCCGGCUUCCCGGAGCUCGGCCUGCGCGUGCGCUACGCCACCGAGCACCGGGCGGGGGUGGUCAUCGCCGGGCCGGGACUGACGGACGCCAUCACCGGCACCGACCCGCUUCGGGACGGUCUGCCCCUGCUGGACCCGGCCCCUGUGGAGGAGGAGCGAGGGGGGUAUGGCGAGCAAGGAAACGGGGCGGCAGACGGCUCUGGAGUGGAGGCUGGUGGCGGCCAGGGCACCGAUGCAGAGGGCAACAUGGGGGGGCCGCCCGGCGACGAGCCGGCAGGCCCUCGGAAGGAGAGGCCCCCUCCCAGCGCUCGCAGCGCCGCGUGCUACAGCGCGGCAGCCACCAGGGCCGCCAGCGAUGCGAUGCGUGCGGCGCUGGCCCGCCACCCGAUCAACGCGGAGCGUGUCUCACGCGGCCUCCCUCCCGCCAACGUCGUGCUCCUGCGCGGCUGCGGGGCGCGCCUGGCGCUGCCGGCCUUCCCCGCGCGGCACGGCCUGCGCGGCGGCGUGGCGGCGCCCACGCGCAUCAUCCGCGGCCUGGCCCUGACCCUGGGCAUGGCCGCGCUGGACGUGCCGGGGGGCACCGGGGACUACCACACCGCGCUGCACGCCAAGGCGCAGGCGGUCGCCGCCGCGCUUUCCGCCCACCGCCUGGACUUGGGCUUCCUGCAUGUGAAGGCAGUGGAUGACGCGGGGCAUGAUGGCAGCGCCGCACACAAAGCCGCGCUGCUGGGCGCCGUGGACGCCAUGGUCGGGCAGCUGCUGGCGCGCCUGGCGCGCGCCCGGCUGGACAGCGGGGAGGAAGGAGGUGUCGGCGAGUAUACCAUUGUGGUGACGGGGGACCAUUCGACCCCGGUGGCCACCAUGGAUCACUCCUGCGAGCCGGUGCCGGUCGCCAUCGCCCACCUUCGACACGUGGAGAUGGGAAAGCCCUCAUCUGCGCAGACCUUCGGGGACAGCGUCUCCUCGUUUGAUGAGUCAGCCGCUGGCGCUGGAGGCCUGGGCCGUUUCCCUGGGUCACAGCUCAUGCCCCUCAUCAAGCACUUUGCUGGCCAUGUGGUGGCAGGGUGCGUGGGCAACAAGGCAGCCGUAUUUCCCCUGCAGCUCCUGGGCUUCGAGGUGGAUGCCGUGAACACCGUGCAGUUCAGCAACCACACGGGCUACCCCCUGUGGAAGGGGAAGGUGCUGAGUGGGGAGGAGUUGUGGGACCUCAUAGAUGCCAUGGAGACCAAUGGGCUCCUGUCCCAGUACACCCACCUGCUCACUGGGUUCAUAGGGUCUCUCUCGCUCCUUCACACCAUACACCGUGUGCUUCUGAAGCUUCGAGAAUACAACCCGGCCCUCGUGUAUGUGUGCGACCCGGUGCAGGGUGACAACGGCCAGCUGUACGUGUCUCCAGACCUCCCACCCGCAUUCCGGAGCGAGUUGACGCCCAUCGCCACCAUCAUGACGCCCAACCAGCUGGAGGCAGAGCUGCUGACGGAGCGCAGCAUCGGCAGCGUGCAGGAGGCCCUGGACGCCUGUGCCCAGCUCCACCGCCUGGGGCCCCAUACGGUUGUGAUCACCAGCUUGGACUUGGAACCAGACCACGUGACCGUGCUCGCGAGCACAACGCAGCCUCAGGCAGAGGGCGCGCUUUCCACCUUUCGUAUCCUGGUGCCGCGGGUGCAGGCCUACGUCACCGGCACAGGCGAGCUGGGGGGGGAUGAGUACAGGGUGAAGUGA